CGGCCUGCGACCCACCUGCUGCCCGACCGCGCGUCAAUCCUCGGGCUGCGAUGGACAUUCGGAAGUUCUUUGGGGUUAUACCAAGUGGAAAGAAGCUUGUGAAUGAGACAGUAAAGAAGAAUGAGAAGACCAAGUCUGUUGAAGAAACUUUCAAAACCAAGAAAGGAAUCAAGGAAAUCAAGGUUAAUAGCUCUUGCAAAGAGGAUGACUUCAAACCGAAACAGCCAAACAAGAAAAAGAGGAUCAUCUAUGAUUCAGAUUCAGAACCAGAGGAGACAGUGCGGGUUAAAAAUGCCAAGAGGCAACCAGGAAAAGUGCCAUUGCCUUCUAAACGUGGUAAAAUUCUGAGACAGGACCCUGUUACCUAUGUUUCAGAAACAGAUGAAGAAGAUGACACGUGUAAAAAGACAGCCUUGAAAUCCAAAGAAAACGGCGGCUCUGUGCAGAGUCACCGGGGCCCGUCCAGCACGGGAAAGAACGAAGGGAGCACGAAGACUCCCCACCAGCCCUUGUCUCCGGUAACACGUGUGCCCACUUCAGUGCUCGAUUAUUUUGGAAGUGCAAGUGUCCAGAGAUCGGCUAGGAAGAUGGUGGCAAGCAAAAGAAAACAGCCUCCAGAGAACACGGAUGACUUCAGAUUAAACGAUGAAGCCAUCGCUAAGCAACUGCAGCUGGAUGAAGAUGCCGAGUUGGAGAGACAACUGCACGAGGACGAGGAGUUUGCCCGAACGUUAGCCAUGCUGGAUGCAGAGCCCAAGACCAAGCAGACUCAAAAGGAGCCAGAAGAGAACGAAAUGUCUUCGUCUGUGCAAGUCAAUUUAAGUAAAACAGAAAAACAUAAAUAUCCUCAGAAAGAACAAUGCUCCAAUGACAGAAAUAGCCACAGUCCUAAGAAACAAAGUAAAUGUGACAUUUCAUCAGAACUUCAGCGGCAUUCUAAGCCAUCACCUCACAGAAUAAAACCCUCUCCGUCAAAGGCCAGUUCGAAACUGGCACUUUUGAAAAAAAAAGCAGAGAGUUCUCAUAAAGAAGCAGAGCCCACAGGUUCCAAAAGCACAGAAAAUGCGAUUGAGUUGAAAGAAGAGAGAAAAAGCCCUAAGAAAAACAAAAGUUCCCCAACUAAAAAAGAGUCUGCAAGUCCUGACGACGCGGAGAGGAAGCGCACUAAUUACCAAGCUUAUCGAAGCUACCUCAAUCGAGAAGGCCCCAAGGCUCUGGGCUCGAAAGAAAUACCCAAGGGAGCCGAGAAUUGCUUGGAAGGCCUGACCUUUGUCAUCACCGGAGUGCUGGAGUGCAUCGAGCGCGAGGAGGCCAAGUCUCUGAUUGAGCGCUACGGGGGCAAAGUGACUGGCAAUGUCAGCAAGAAGACAAACUACCUGGUCAUGGGCCGGGACAGUGGACAGUCCAAGAGUGAUAAGGCAGCCGCUUUGGGAACAAAAAUUAUUGAUGAAGAUGGCUUAUUGAAUCUGAUUCGCACUAUGCCAGGCAAGAAGUCCAAGUAUGAGCUCGCCGUUGAGGCUGAGAUGAAGAAAGAAAAGGCCGCCUUGGAAAGAACCCCCACCAAAAUCAACCAGGGCAAAAGGAAAAUGAGCCCCAAUAAGAAGGAAUCGGAAUCUAAAAAGAAAAAGCCGACUCCCCAGAAGGAGAGCUCUGCCCGGUGGUCGGUAAGAAAGGAAGCCGGCGUGUCUCGGAGAGACCUGAGCUUUGAGGGGCAGGUGCCCGAGGAGACGCACGCUGACGGUGGUGGACACAGAGUGGAAAGUUUGCUCUGGGUGGACAAAUAUAAGCCCACCUCGCUCAAGACCAUCAUCGGUCAGCAGGGUGACCAGAGCUGUGCCAACAAACUCCUCCGCUGGCUCCGGAACUGGCACAAGAGUCCGUCUGAGGACAAGAAACACGCGCGACUCGGGAAGUGCGCCGGCAAAGAUGAUGGCUCCAGUUUUAAGGCAGCAUUGCUCUCCGGCCCACCAGGCAUCGGCAAAACAACCACAGCUGCUCUGGUUUGUCAGGAAUCGGGGUACAGCUAUGUGGAGCUGAACGCAAGUGACACUCGGAGCAAGAACAGUUUGAAGGAGAUUGUUGCCGAGUCGCUGAAUAAUACCAGCAUCAAGGGGUUUUAUUCAAGUGGCGCCAGCCCCCGGCACGCACUCAUCAUGGACGAAGUGGAUGGCAUGGCCGGCAGCGAGGAUCGGGGCGGAAUCCAGGAGUUAAUUGGCCUGAUAAAGCAGACAAAGAUCCCCAUUAUUUGUAUGUGCAACGAUAGGAAUCACCCUAAGAUUCGCUCUUUGGUUCAUUAUUGUUUUGAUCUUCGUUUCCAAAGACCUCGGCUCGAGCAAAUCAAGGGUGCUAUGAUGUCUAUUGCAUUUAAAGAAGGUUUAAAAAUUCCCCCUCCAGCUAUGAAUGAAAUAAUCUUGGGAGCCAAUCAGGAUAUCAGACAGGUUUUACACAAUCUGAGCAUGUGGUGUGCACAGAGUAAGGCACUGUCCUAUGACCAGGCCAAGGCCGAUGCUAGUAGAGCCAGAAAGGACAUUAAGCUGGGCCCAUUUGAUGUCGCCCGGAAAGUAUUUGCAGCUGGAGAGGAGACGGCUCAUCUGUCACUUGUGGACAAAUCGGAUCUCUUCUUUCAUGAUUACUCCAUAGCGCCGCUCUUUGUCCAGGAGAACUAUGUACACGUGAAGCCCAAAGCGGGGGGGGGCGACAUGAAGAAGCACUUGAUGCUGUUGAGCAGAGCGGCAGACAGCAUAUGCGACGGCGACCUAGUGGACAGCCAGAUCCGAAGUAAACAAAACUGGAGCCUUCUUCCCACACAGGCCAUUUAUGCCAGCGUUCUUCCUGGAGAGCUCAUGAGGGGGUACAUGACUCAGUUUCCCACCUUUCCAAGCUGGCUGGGGAAGAACUCGUCGACAGCCCGCCACGAUCGUGUGGUUCAGGACCUAGCACUGCACAUGAGUCUCAGAACGCACUCCAGCAGGGUGACCGUCAACCUGGACUACCUGUCGCACAUGAGGGAUGCCCUUGUCCAGCCCUUGGCCUCGCAUGGGGCGGGCGGCGUGCAGGCCGUGGUGGCCCUCAUGGACGCGUACUACCUGACCAAAGACGACUUCGACAGUAUCAUGGACCUCAGCAGCUGGGGCGGCAAAGCCAGUCCUUUCUCCAAGCUGGAUCCCAAGGUCAAAGCUGCGUUCACAAGAGCGUAUAAUAAGGAAUCCCACCUGACCCCCUAUUCCCUUCUGGCCGUGAAGACCGCUAGCCGCAGCACAGGUCCGGCCCUGGACUCUGAAUCCAGCGAGGAGUUCAAUGAAGAGGAAGCUCCGUCUGAGGAGAAAGAUGCAGACCCCGUGAGGACCGAUGCUAUGGUCAAGAAAAAGACCAAGCCUGCGUCCAAGCCUUCACGACCAGAAAAGGAUAAGGUGGCCAAGAAAGGAAAAGGAAAAGGCUCGAAGAAAUGAGGUUUCCAGACAACUGGCGGCCACUUUUUACUCACCCUGCUGACCUGGCUCACUGGUUAGAGAAAGCAGGGCUUUUUCCAGGACCAUGUUUUGACAGGAACGGGAUUGGUCGGCGGCCCGCUGGGAAUGCUGCGGCGAAGCAGCCAGAAGGCAGGCACCAGGAGGCUAAUGCGCACCUCUCAUAGAGGCUGAUAGGAUUUGCCCUGUGCCUCAAUGGCCCUGUAGAAUUAAAACUGGAUACGAGGGUAGGCGUUCCUAGUUAGCAACAACCUGCCUUGGGACAGCGGUACUUUGUAGGCUUAAAAUUUUAUACUGGUAGCCUUCAUAGUACCCAAUACUUCUUCCUUUUUUUUUUUUUAAAAAGGUUGCUAUGUGGUGAAAAUAUGUAAAUAAAUCAUAACGCGAAACAUUCACCACUUAGAACUGGGUAUUCUUUGUACAUUGCCAACGAUCUUGCAGGGUAUAAAUUGGGAAUAAAAAUGUUCCACGUGGUCCAUGUACACAUUCCUAAGGUGGUCAUGUUGUACAGUAAACUGAUGCUGGUCUUACUACUUUGCAGCUGACUGUUCCAGACUCACUGCUGUGUGAGGUCACACAGGCAGUGGAAGAGUCUGGACUCUCUCCGUUCCCUCUACUGCAGGGCAGAGGCUUGGGAAGGGUCAGACUGGCUGCCAGUCUUUCUGCCACCCUCACACCCCACAGUAAUAGCAAAGAAUAACCUAGAGAUUGGGGGUGGAAGGUGGGGGUCAUGUGAGCACAUGGUAGUGGAGGAGCACUGCUGGUGGGCUGGAGGGUGGGGGGCCAGAUGAACACUGGUCUCUCUAGUUCUUUUUCUGGCCUGUGCUAUAUUCCACAGACCCUACUAGAACCUGGGAGUUCCUAUAACUACUGGUUGAGCAGCCCUGAGACGGUGGAACUGGUCUAGAAUGUAGGCGCCCCAAUGAUUUUUAAUCUUCUCAACAAAGGAUCGGAGUAGCUCUGUGGAAUAUGUUCUAAUGGAACGUAAACCAAGGAUACUGUUUUUGGCCUUUAAAGAAUUCAUGGUCUUAUGUGGGAGAGGAUGCAUAACGCUGUUGAGACAUUUGAAGUCUUAUUUAGUAGCGUGGAAAAUGUCAAUGGAAAUUCAUCAUAGGAAUAAAACUGCCUAAGCCGUU